UGUUUAUGCAGGACUAGCACUUGCCACGCCAGCAACUGUCACGUGAGCAGGUGCCAUGUCAGCAGUUGCCACGUCAUCGGCUGCCACGUCAGCAGCUGGCACCUCAACAACUGCCAUGUCAGCAGCUCGCACAUCAGUAAUUGUCACGUAUGUCCUUGGCACAUCAGCAGCUGCCACGACAGGAGGCGCCACUUCAGUAGCAUUCCCCCUCAACAGCUCACGCAUAAGGACCUGCCGCAUCAACAACUGGCACAUCAGCACUUGCCGCGUGAACGGGUACCGCGCGUGUGGCACCAUGGCCAGCACGAGCGCAGCUGCUGGAGGGGGUUCGCAUCCGUCCACAGUCCCCUUCCGAGAGGACACAAACUACAAGGGCAAGCACGUUGUGUGGACCUGGGUGACUCCCGGCCAGCUUAUACCGGGGAAUGCUCGAGGGGCGAGGAAGCUUAAGUGCAACUUGUGCGGCCUUGAGUACACUGGGAAUCAAAAUCGGGCCGGCGUGCACUUCUAUAAGAAGAGGCCCUCUGCUCGGUGUCCACAUGCCAGCCUUGCGAUCUGGAGGAGAUUGCACAACGCCGACGCUCAGUUCCCACCGGACAUUCUGGAGAGGGUGCAGCGCGCGAUGGAGGAGAACCCCAACGGCGACGAUGAUGCCCAUGCGGUGGAGGACAUUGCAGGCAGCGGAGGUGAAGGACGCUGCGUCGGUGUGGAGGUUGAAGAGGCGGUUGGUGGGCAUCCUCUUUCUGGAGGAGAUAAGUGCACGAGGGGGGAGGUGACCGGUGGAGGCACUGCUGUUCGGACACCGGCUACCUCGAAGGUCGAGUGGUGGGCGGGCCGCACAACAGCGGUGGGCAGGCAAACGAGCAUUGGUGAGAAUGCCAUCCCAUUCAACGUCACCAAAAGCAGGAGCUUCAAGAUGUUCACUUUGGCGUGUUAUGGGCUGCAACCUAUGGCGAAUCACCCCCGUGUGCCCAGAGGCUACAACCCGCUCAGAUGCCAACUUCUCAAUCGGUUGCGCGAGAGGUUGGAGAAUGAGGAGCAGGUGAUCCGGGACGAUUGGGAAGUCACAGGCUGCACAUUCAUAACCGAUGGCACCACAAACAUUUGUGGGCGAUCGCUUAUGAACUUCAUCCUUGCAGGGCGGUCGAAGACGGUUUUCAUCAAGUGUGAGGAUAUGAGCGAGGGGGAUAAGGACUUGGCUGCUAUCGUUGCCAGUUGGAAGAGGUUCUUCAGGGAGUGGGGGGUGGACAAGAUCACUGCCAUCUGCGCAGAUUCCUUCGCUGUGAAUACAAGUGAUGCAAGGAUGUUGAGGGAGGAUCCGGAGUUUGAGCAGAUCUACCGGAUUCCUUGCACGACUCACUGCAUGGACCUGCUCAUGCACGAUAUUUGCAAGCAGGAAUGGGCCGAUGACAUCAUCAAGAAGGCCAACAAGGUGGUGAACUUCUUCAGACUCCACAGGUGGCCACGAUCCCAGUUGAGGAUGCAGCUGUUGCAAUCCCCGAAGUUGAAUUGCACUUGCUUGCUUCGCCCUGCGCAAACAAGGUUUGGGACCCACUACGUCAUGCUGCAGCGACUCGAGGUGUGCGCGAAGGCCAUCACACGGAUUGUGAACGGAGUCGCUUGGGAGAAUACGGUGUGGGCCUUUUGGACUGAUGUGAAAAAGUUGGCCGCCCUGAUGAAGGGCCCCUAUGACGUGUUGCGAGAGACGGACAAGGAUGUUCACUGCCUCUCACGCAUCUAUGACAUGGUCUGCCAGUUGCCGGUCUUCGUUUGUGCAGCCCGCCUCACGGAAGAGGAGCGAGACAUCAUCUUGACGGCGGUGGCGAACAGGACUGACAUGUUGCUCAACCCCAUUCAUGCUAUGGCCCAGUUGCUUGAUCCUGUCUUGAGGGACAUUGUUGUUUUCAGCAAUGUGGAGCUCAUGCCGCAAUUUGAGAGCGUUGUCGAUCGACUCAUCGGGAAGAGGGGGAGCAAGAAGUUCACCGACCGUAUGGACCAGUUGUACGAUUUCCAGUUCGGGAACGGGGUGUUUGGCUCCGAGCGGGCAGUGCAGAGGGCCUCGAAGGACAACGCAGUGUUGUGGUGGGAGGCGCAUGGGGCAGGGCAUCCAAAGAUUGAGGCCUUGACAAUCAAGGUGCUCUCGAUCUGGACGACUUCUUCUCCAGCUGAGAGGAAUUGGAGCACUUGGGCUCUGGUGCAAACGAAGUCAAGGAAAAAAUUGCAUCAUCAGCGCACCGAGAAACUGGUGUACUCGCACUGGAGCCUCAGGCUCAAGAACCAGGGGGGUGAUGGCCCCGCUGUGGCAGGAGGGUGGUUGGGAUUGGUAGUUGACUGGGCUGACGAGGAUUUGGAGGGUGAUCACGCGGGCAUGACGGACGCCGUCGAUGACGGUGAGGUUGCACAUGACGGUACUCGUUCGGCUGCAGGCAGCACCAGCGUUCGCCGUGAUCCCUUUAUGCCUGGGACUUCGACAUCUGCGGAGAGGUUAGGGGAGGUGGGGGAGGGUGUGGGUACAGAGGAGGUAGAUGUUGACGAGGAGGAGGAGGAUUUCGACGACGAGGAUGACAUUCCGGGAGAGGAGUGGGAGGAUGAGAGGUCUGACUCGGAUAGAUCGUGGACGAGGAGGGAGGAGAAAAUGCCAUACAUCCCGGGCACACGAUCUGGAUUGAGGUCGCAGAGUCGGCGACAAGAGGAAGAGCCGCGUCGACAUCACGAUGAGGAUCGGGCGGAUGAUGAGCAGCGGGGAGGGGAUGAGGAGGAGGAGGAGGAGCAUCAGGGUGGGGACGAGGAGGAGGUCGAGGAGCAGCGGGGUGGGGAUGAGCAUGAGGAGGCACAGGGGGAGGCUGGCCAGCAGGUGCAUGAGGGGCACAAGCCGGAGGCCCGCGCGGACGACACUCGCAGAGAUGAGCAGCUGCACACUCCGUUGGAGGGUCACGCAGAUGGGGAGCAAGAGGGCCAGGCAGAGGCUGCUGAUGCGGCAGCAGCUUCCACAUCAGCAGUUGUCAUGUCAGCAGCUACCACAUCAGCAGCUGUCACGUCAACAGAUGCCACGCUAGCAUCCGCCACAUCAGCAGCUGGCACUUCAGCUGCUGAUGUGGCAUCUGCUGAUGUGGCAGCUGAUGAUGUGGCAGCUGCUGACGUCGCAGCUGCUGAUGUGGCAGCUGCUGACAUGGCAGCUGCUGAUGUGGCAGCUGCUGACGUGGCUGCUACUCAUGCAUAACCGAACAACAAGACAGACAGACAGACAGACAGACAGACAGUCUGACAGACAGACAGA